UUUUUCCAUUUUACUAUUCCAAUUUCCUGUCUUUAAAAAUUGAAUUAGGCGUGGGGUCGGAAGAGAAUUUAAAUAGGACACUUUUUGAAGAAAUAAUGACAACAAUUGAUCAAAGCGCUGAUUAUGCGUCAGGAUUUCCUUUUUCCUUAGAUUCCUAUUCAAUUUACCACGUGAUUUAUGGUCCAGGUUAAACUUUUAUGACUCAUAAAUUGACUUUGGACUUUUGACUUUUAGUAAACAUUAUAGAAACUUUUUAUUAUCUUCAGAAAUUUCGUUAUAAUGUGACAAUUAAUUUACGCAAGCAUAAAGAGAGCCAAAGUUACUGCAGUCGCCUUUCGUUAAUUGCUGGCUCUUAAAACAACCUAUGCAUUUUUAGGUUGAGGCAUAUAGCAAUAAAUUCUUUAGCCGUUGCCUAUUCCUCGGAGUUUUGUAAAUUUAGGCAAAUCGAGAGCACAUUUCUCCCCUACUGUUUCAAACUACAUGCGUCAAAAAGUUACUGAAUCAAAAUUUUAUUCUGGAAACAAGAUUAAUUAAGUCAACAGAAACUUAACCCCAUUGUCAUUAAAACGGGAAAAAGAAGCGGUAACAUUUCAGAAGAACGUUCUUACGACUGAAAAGCAUCAAAGCUAACCUGGGUGACCACUAUUUGAGUUACAAGUGAGUUCUCCUCCCCCGCCUUUGUCGUGUCGUCCCCGUCGAGGCCCAAAUCACCCCUGAGAUCCCCGACCAAUAGGUCUCCACGGUACCCUCAAUCCCCACGCGGAGGUUACAAAUCGAAGACUCUAGGCGUUGGAGGAGCUGCAGGAACGUCGGGAGGUCGUGGUGGUGUUGCAGGUGGUGCAAUGGGGUCUGCGGCUAGCAAAUCGGACGACGCAGGUGCAGUUGUAUUACCCUCAAAAACUUCACGGGUUUCUAAUUCGUCACGUGUCUCUACCUCUUCACGUGUUUCUGCAACUGCAAUUGAAAAACAAAACCUGCAAAAUGACAUUGAUUUCCAGCAGUUUUUGUCCAGGGCCAAAGACGACUUCAACAAGAAGUGGGAACGGAACCCAAAGAGCUCAGUGAAGUUGUCUGACUUUGAGAUCAAACGGACCCUGGGCACUGGCUCCUUCGGCCGAGUCCUCCUCUCCCGCUACACUCCGGCCAAGGAGGAGAAGUACUACGCAGUGAAGGUGCUGGACAAGCAGAAGGUGGUCAGACUGAAGCAGGUGGAACACACUCUGAAUGAGAAGAGGAUCCUCGCCUGCAUCUCCUUCCCAUUCAUUGUCAAGAUGGCAUUCUCAUUCAAAGACAACAGCUACCUCUACUUGGCCUUGGAGUAUGUGAAUGGAGGAGAGAUGUUCUCCCACCUGAGAAAGAGCGGCAGAUUCAGUGAGAGUCGAUCGCGCUUUUACGGAUCCCAAGUACUCCUAGCUUUCGAGUACUUACACUACCUGGACCUGAUCUACAGGGACUUGAAGCCAGAAAACUUGUUGAUAGACCACAGGGGAUAUGUGAAGGUGACUGACUUCGGGUUCUGCAAGAAGGUCAAAGGCAGGACAUGGACACUCUGCGGGACCCCGGAGUACCUCGCGCCCGAAAUCAUCCUCAGCAAAGGCUACAACAAGGCAGUGGACUGGUGGGCGUUCGGAGUAUUGUGCUAUGAGAUGACAGCCGGCUACCCUCCCUUCUACGCCGAUCAACACAUACUCAUCUACGAGAAGAUCGUCGCCGGAAAGUUACGAUUCCCCUCCCACUUCUCAUCCGACCUCAAAGACCUCCUCCGACAACUGCUCCAAGUUGACGUCACAAAGAGAUUCGGCGCCCUCAAAAACGGAGUUGCCGACAUCAAAACUCACAAAUGGUUCCAAUCUGUAGACUACAUCGCCACUUACGAGAGGAAAUUGGAAGCCCCUUUUGUGCCCAAGUGUAAAGGGGCUGGGGAUCACAGCAACUUCGACAAAUACGAAGAGACCCCUCUUAGACAUUCGAUUAAUAACAAGUACUCGAAAGAGUUUGAUGAUUUCUAGACUAAAGGUGGUUACGAUAAAUAUGGGAGGAAUGGAAUCAAUUAUGAAACGCAUCUGACGGGUUUUGUGCAUUCAGAAAACGAAUGAGCAAAAACAGAGGAGUCAUACAUAUAGAGAGUAUCAUUUGCUAAAUUGUGAUUGGCUGCCAAAUACUUACCAACAAAUGGAAACGGCCACCAUUGAGUGAAAGGUUGGGUAUUGAAUUGAAAAAAUUGUAAAUUAGGUCAAAUAUUUAUUUAACAUAAUCAAUCAGUCAAUCAUUCGUUAUUAAAUUAAUUCUGAUUUGUAAGAUACGUAGAAGAA